GGGGCGCAGAAGCCGGGGGCUUUCUCCUUGAAGCCCGGAGCGAGGUGGAUCGAGGCCAGUUGCGGCGGAGGCCAAGGAGCGGCGCUGUCCCUGCCAGUCCCCUGGGAAUGAAGUGGGAGGCGCUGGGGUCCCUCUGUUCCCAAGCUCCACAGCCAGGGUGGCGCCUGCUUUCCGCCCCAUAAGAGGAGCUGCCGGGGGCGCGGGCGUGUGCGCAUUCUGCCUCGCUUUGGAGAACAGCCGGGGGCUUUUCUGUUCAUGGACCAUGGGGGCGGAGAAGGAGACAGUGGCACCGUCGUCCCUCUGCCUCCUGCCGCUCGGGAUAGCUCUGCUGGUGCUCAGCCUCGUCCCACCUGUGCCUGCGCUGGCCACCCCUGGAAUCUGCUGCAGCAUGGACAUCCGCAACGACGUCUCCCAGCUGAGGAAGCUGGAGAACUGCACCAUCAUCGAGGGCAACCUGCAGAUCCUCCUCAUGUUCACCACCGCCGCCGAGGACUUCCGCGGCCUCAGUUUCCCCCGCCUCAUCAUGAUCACCGAGUACCUCCUCCUCUUCCGGGUCUACGGGCUGGAGAGCCUGCGUGACCUCUUUCCCAACCUGUCCGUCAUCCGGGGCACUAACCUCUUCUUCAACUAUGCCCUGGUCAUCUUCGAGAUGCCCCACCUCAGGGACAUCGGCUUGCACAGCCUGACCAAUAUCCUGCGGGGCUCGGUGCGCAUUGAACGCAACCAGGAGCUCUGCCACAUCUCCACCAUCGACUGGGGGCUGCUCCUGCUCGACUCGGUGGAGAACAACUACAUCGUGAGCAACAAACAGGUGGAGGAGUGUGCCGACGUGUGCCCGGGCAUCCUGGACGUGGAGAAGCCCUGCGUCCAGACCAGCGUCAAUGGGCAUCUAGAGUAUCGCUGCUGGACAUCCAGCUACUGCCAGAAAGUGUGUCCUUGUGGAGACGGAAUCGCCUGCACCGCCGCCGGGGAAUGCUGCCACCCGGAGUGCCUGGGAGGCUGCAGCCGGCCGUGGGACAGCAGGGCCUGCGUGGCCUGCCGCCACUUCCACUUCAACGGGCAUUGCCUGACCUCCUGCCCGGCCCGCACCUACCGGUACGAGGGCUGGCGCUGCGUGACGGCUGAGUACUGCGCCAGCCUCCGCAAGGUGUCCGAGAACCCCCGGGAGGCCUCUGAGUUCGUCAUCCACCAUGAGGGGUGCCUGUCCGAGUGCCCCUCGGGGUACACGCGCAAUGACAGCAGCAUCUUCUGCCACAAGUGCGAGGGGCUGUGCCCCAAGGAGUGCAAGGUGGGCACCAAGACCAUCGACUCGACCCGCGCGGCGCAGGAGCUGGCCGGCUGCACCUACGUCGAGGGCAACCUGAUCGUUAACAUCCGCAGGGGCUAUAACCUGGUCUCGGAGCUGCAGAACAGUCUGGGACUCAUUGAGACCAUCACGGGCUUCCUGAAGAUCAAGCACUCCUUCGCCCUCGUCUCCUUGUCCUUCUUCAAGAACCUCAAGCUCAUCCGGGGGGACUCCAUGGUGGACGGGAAUUACACCCUCUACGUCCUGGACAACCAGAACCUGCAGCAGCUCUGGGACUGGAGCCACCACAUGCUCUCCAUCCCCGUGGGGAAGGUGUACUUCGCGUUCAACCCCAAGCUGUGCCUGUCUGAGAUCUACCGCAUGGAGGAGGUGACGGGCACCAAGGGCCGGCAGAACAAAGCCGAGAUCAAUCCUCGCACCAACGGGGACAGAGCCUCCUGCAAGACCCAGACUCUGCGCUUCGUUUCCAACAUCACCGAGUCCGACCGCAUCUUCCUGAAGUGGGAGCGCUACCGGCCCCCCGAGUACCGUGAUCUGCUCAGCUUCAUCGUCUACUACAAGGAAUCGCCCUUUCAGAACGUGACCGAGUACGUGGGGCAGGAUGCCUGCGGGGCCAACAGCUGGAACGUGGUAGAUGUGGAGCUGCCGCUGAACAACGACCAGGAUCCGGGGGUGGCCCUGCUGAACCUCAAGCCCUGGACCCAGUAUGCCAUCUUCGUCCGCGCCAUCACCCUGACCACGGCCGAGGAGGGGCGCAACUACGGGGCGCAGAGCGAGGUGGUGUACGUCCGCACCAUGCCGGCAGCCCCCACAGUGCCCCGGGACGUCCUGUCCAUGUCGAACUCCUCCUCCCACAUCAUUGUGCGCUGGAAGCCGCCCAGCCAGCGCAACGGGAACAUCACCUACUACCUGGUGCUGUGGCAGCAGCUGGCCGAGGACCUGGAGCUCUACGUCAAUGACUAUUGCCACAAAGGCCUCAAGCUGCCCACCAGCAGUGCGGACACCCGCUUCAACGUGGACGACAGCGGGGGCCCCGAGCUGGAGCAGGACACGGAGGAGCGGUGCUGCCCGUGCCACCGGGACGGCGGGCAGCUGCAGAUGGAGGGCGAGGCUGUCUCCUUCCAGAAGAAGUUUGAGAACUUCCUACACAAUUCCAUCAUCAUCCCCAGACCCCCUUGGAAGGUGACGUCUGUCAAAAAGAACCCUCAGAGGACUCGGAAAAGGCGCAGAGACAUCUUGGCUCUGACCAGCUCUGGCCACCCGCUCUCCAACACCUCCUCUCUGGAGCUCCCAGGGAAACCGCCCUCCCUGAACCUAACAGGCGCUGCCCCCAAAGCCCAAACGGAUUUCCGGAUCUUUGAGGACAAAGUGGUGCGGGACCGGACGGUCAUUUCCCAGCUGCGCCACUUCACCGAGUACCGCAUCGACAUCCACGCCUGCAACCACGCCGCCCACACCGUGGGCUGCAGUGCGGCCACCUUUGUCUUUGCCCGGACUAUGCCUGAGGUGGAAGCGGAUAACAUCCCCGGCAACGUCACCUGGGAGCCGGCCAGCAAGAACAGCGUCCUGCUGCGCUGGGAGGAACCCAAGAACCCCAAUGGGCUCAUCCUCAAAUACGAGAUCAAGUACAGCCGGGAAAACGAGGAGGUCACCACCGUGGUGUGUGUGUCUCGCCACCGCUACGCCAAAUACGGGGGUGUCCACCUCGCCCUCCUGCAGCCGGGGAAUUACUCUGCCAAGGUCCGGGCCACCUCGCUGGCCGGGAACGGGUCGUGGACUGGACUCAUCAAAUUUUACAUCCUUGGCCCGGCCGAGGAGGAGUCUGGCGGCUUCUACGUGCUGCUGACCGUCAUGCCCAUUGUCCUCAUGGUGGUGAUCACCUGCCUGGUGGUCUUUGUCUUCUUCUACUAUAAGAGAAGGAACAAUGACGGAUACCCGAGCGGCACACUUUAUGCUUCGGUCAAUCCGGAAUACUUCAGCACCUCGGACAUGUACAUCCCGGAUGAGUGGGAGGUGUCGCGGGAUAAGAUCACGGUGAUCCGGGAGCUGGGGCAGGGAUCCUUUGGGAUGGUCUACGAAGGGAUCGCCCAGGGCAUUGAGAAAGAGGACGAGGAGACGAAGGUGGCCUUGAAGACCGUCAACGAGCUGGCCACCAUGAGGGAGCGGAUUGAGUUCCUGAACGAGGCCUCGGUCAUGAAGGCGUUUAAGUGUCACCACGUGGUCCGUCUCCUUGGCGUGGUGUCCCAGGGCCAGCCAGCCCUGGUCAUUAUGGAGCUGAUGACCCGAGGGGACUUGAAGAGUUACCUCCGCUCUCUCAGACCGGACGCAGAGAACAACCCUGGCCUGCCCCCACCGUCACUCAAGGACAUGAUCCAGAUGGCAGGGGAGAUCGCCGACGGCAUGGCCUACCUCAACGCCAAGAAAUUUGUGCACCGGGACCUCGCCGCCCGCAACUGCAUGGUGUCGGAGGACUUCACGGUGAAGAUUGGAGAUUUCGGCAUGACCAGAGACAUCUACGAGACGGAUUAUUACCGGAAAGGUGGCAAGGGGCUGCUUCCUGUCCGCUGGAUGUCCCCGGAAGCCCUGAAGGACGGGAUCUUCAACACCCACUCUGACGUCUGGUCGUUUGGGGUGGUGCUCUGGGAGAUCGCCACGCUGGCCGAGCAGCCCUACCAGGGCUUGUCCAACGAGCAGGUGCUUCGCUUUGUGAUGGACAAUGGCAUCCUGGAAAGGCCUGAGAACUGCCCGGAGAAACUCCACGAGCUGAUGAGCUGGUGCUGGCAGCAGAACCCCCGCCAGCGCCCCAGCUUCACCCAGCUACUGGAGAGCAUCAAGGACGACAUGGACCCCAGCUUCCGCAACCUCUCCUUCUUCUACAGCGCCGAGAACAAGCGCCGGGGCUCCUGCGAGCCCUCAGACGUGGAGACGGACAACCUGCUGGAGGAGGAGCCGCCCACCGCCCUGGCUGCCCUGCGCCUCCCCCUUGCCACCAACGGCAGCCCCGGGCCUGCCGUCGCCCCACAGAAAGACCUGAGCUAUCCCAGGAACUGCUGUCACUUGAAUGGGGCACCGUACCUCUGAGAGCUGGGGAGCUCCCGGCCACGGCUGCUUCCAAAGCCUUCGUUGCAAAGAAGACCCCGUAGCUAUUAUCUGUUCCAUGAGGACCCUGCAAUGGAUCAUCUGGUUCCGUCACUGACCUCCCUAUAGGUCCAGAUUCCCAGGGAUCCCCACAUUGACACCCCUUCCACUCAUCGCGGCACUGGGAUUGGAUCUGAGCCACGUAAGCAGCUGGUUUUCAUCCCUCCUGGCGGGGGAAAGGCCCCCAGCUGCACCCUACGAGUCCCUUCAGGUCCCCUGCCUCCUGGGUGCCAGGGCUUCUCGCAGGCUUUGAGAGGGGCGGCAGAGCGAGACGCUGAUUAACGAUUUGGGGGAGAUGGUGACUUGGCCUUUGAAUUGCAGCAGAGCGUGUCUGGGCAAAGGGGAAACCCGGGGCGCUUCCGCGAACACAGAGCCCGCUCUGUCAGUGCCGUUUUCGAGGUGUGGCGCGGGGUGACAGAUGCCUAAAACGGACACUCCUGUCGCUGACGGGCAAAGCCAUUGGGACGAGCAAUGUACUGUGACAGCUCCUUGGCUAGAAAACAACGUCCCACUUCUUUGGGCCCGGACAGCGGAGGGCUGGGCUGUUCCCUGGACACAGGGGUCUUUUCCCCUUUGGUGGGAAAUGCAGGCGAGCGGCUGCUCCUGUGGGGGGGAGGGUCGUGCGGGGGGAGAGGGGGACCCUCACCUCUUGCCCUGUGUUUUUUUUCUCUUGGUUCUCAUUUGAGUUGUUUGUGGAGGGAUGUUGAAGGCACUUUGGGAUGUUUUUCCCCUUCCGGACAAGGCACAGACAGAUCCUUUGCUGGGUGGAAUCGUCAGUGCCCCGCUGAACUCGACAGUUCCAGCUGGAGGGUGUGCCACUGGGCGCUCCAGGUCUUUACCAGCUCGAUGGCUGGGAGCUGCUGGGAGCGACGGCCUCCGGCUCAGAGCGGGCAAUGGCUGGAGGUGGAUCUCUGAGACUUGGGCAAGGCUGAGGCUGUGCGGACUGGCAUGCUCAGACACUAACGAUGCUUCCAGCCCCCGGGACGCACACACCGAUCCAGACCUCAGCUGGCGUAACCGGAUGCAGCUCCGUUGCCUUCAGGGCAGCCGCGGCAUUUUCCACUGGCUGGGAGGGCACCCAACAGUGACCUGUUUGCUGUCGAAUCCCUCCUCCCUUUUUGCCAGGGAAGGAGAAGUUGCAUCUUCUGGCUCCCAAGGACGCACGUUCGUUCUCCAGGCUGGUCCUAGAUGUGGGUUGGAGGCAACUCUGUCUCAUCCCGAGGUCUCUUUCUAAAACCCACCUCGGGACAGGUUACGUUGCAGCCAAGCUCUAGGGAAUGUCAGUAGCUGCUGGCUCCCAGAGAUAGGGAUCUGCACGGGCAGCAGUGUAGCAUUGUCCUCUGGGCCGAUGGGGGUCGGCAGGCAGAAGGGCUGAAAGCCUCCAGACGUUAUUAUUUAUUAUCUGUUGUGAGUGGCCCCUGGGAGCCCCAGGCGCAGCCCAGGACCCCACGGUGCUAGGUGCUGUACAAACACCAAAAAAGAUGGUCCCUGCCCUCCGAAGUGGACAAUCUAAGGGCAAUUUAGACGGCUCGGGAAAAUUUUUCCUCUCCAGACUGCCGAUGAGGGGUAAGAUCUUCCCAGUCCCGCUGAGUACUUUCCCCUUGGAGGCCGGUGGUGCAGAGACUUUAAGGAUGGAAAGGGAAAGACCCCUUGGAGCACCUAGUGCGAAGCAAUUCCUCUCCCUCCUUGUCCAAUCCUUGUGCUUGGUUUCUGGAAGUCACCCCUACCAGCUCCGCGGGAGUUUUGCCUGUGGGAUGGCUGGGAGGACUAACCCUUGAGUUUCAGAUGCUCAAGUCCUUCGUUCCCCUAACCUCCCGCCGCAUAACCUGUCUCACCAGCCCUUAGGUGUCUGUUGCUUUUCACCAAGCUCCCUCUACACGCCUUGACAUCUUUUUUGUAUCAAGGAGAUGCAAACUCGGCACCUUGUCCUGGCUGGCUACUUACCUGUCCGAGGUAAUUGGGGCUCUGUUCCCCUGGGCUUUGCAAGGGGCACCGGCAAUAUCAUUCCUGGUUUCAGCAUGAGUCCUAUGAGAUUUGGUGUUUCUCCUAAAGCCCCAGCUGCUGGAGUCAUGUGAUGAUGUGAGACUCUCAGGUUUAAUUUUUUUUAAAAAGAAGUUGCUGUCUCUCGUGGUUGUGAAGAAAAUCUUGGAAACUUGACUCCCAAAGCAAGAAAGCAAAUGGCAAAGAAAAAGAACCCAAGGUUGAUUUAAAAAAAAAUCUCAUGAUUCCCAAGCCAGUCUCAGGAUUUUUGGGGCCUCCCUCAUGCUGUCUGAACUCAUGAAGUGGGGAUGUUGUGCCACAGGGCUGGGAAGUUGGACACUCAUUUUGCCAUGAAAACUUCACUGCUGAGAAGUUUGAGGCUUCUCCAGCCAUUGUAUUUCAUGCUAUGAAAGUGUUUGUUAAUGACAGAGCCUUCCUCCACAGUGCUCCCUGUUCCUGAAUAAACUCUGUUCCAUCACCCUCUUUCAGAUCCCCGGCGGGAGAUCUGCGAGGACAGAGUUUUAAUGAUUUAAAAAAAAAAAAGUACGAAGGUGAUUUUUUUUCUCUUUUUGUUUUUUGGAGGGAAAGGAAAAAGAAGAAACUGGAAGGCUUUAAAACUGUGCUGGGGUAACGUGGCUGGGAGCGGAAAAGCCCCAGCCGGAGCUGGAGCGAAAGCAGGAUUGGUCUGGUGAAGAUUUGAAGCCGAGAGGUUAUGAAACUCCGAACAUCUCCCUAGCCCUUUUCAUCAGUAGAUCUCAAAGCUCUUUACAAAGGGGGGCAGUAUCAUUAUCCCCAUUGCACAGAUAGGGAAACUGAGGCACAGAGAGGGGACGUGCCUUGCCAAUGGUCACCCAGCAGAGCCAGGAAUUGAGCCCUGAUCUCCUGCCCUCUGUCCAGUGCUCCGUCCACUUGGCCGCACUGCUUAAAACCUUUACGCUCUGGACCAAGCCAUGUUCUCAGUGACACACACCUGCAAACGCAGUGGUCACAACAUGUUUUGUGUGUUAUUUGUUGGAGCUGGUUUCUACAAGGGACUUCGGAGAAGCCAGCUUCAGUGACUGCACAGAGAAGUACAAAUAAAGGAGGUCAUAAAGCUC